GAGGAGCAGAGCACAAACAAAUCUGCUGGAGCCUCGUUGCCAUGGAUCCCCCUCCCUCUCUGAGUCUGGCCCUUCUCAGCAGGAGCGAAGACGAAGAGCAACAUCUGCCCCUCCCUCUCGGUGGUCUCUCCCAUGCUUCCCUUUCUGGCAACUACCCUGGGACCAACCAUUCGAAUCACACGGGAGGCAACAGCAGCCUGGAGCGUCUCAAUGGCACUCCGUCACCCACCACGCCAAACCUUCCCCCUGCAUCGCUGCCCAAGUUGCCCCUGUCCACGACACCCCAGCUGUCCACACCAAUCCCCAACGCGCUCCACCCCACCAGCACCCCGCUCUCCUCCUGCCUGGGCAGCCAACAUAGCCUGAGCGGGGAGACUUCGCCUGUCUACAAUGCGCUGUUCUACUCCUCUCAUUCGCCUUCCACUGAGCGAGAGCGAGAGAGGGGAUGUAAACACAGGCAGGCCAGUCCGCUGGUGCACAGGCGGGACAGUAACCCCUUUACCGAGAUCGCCAUGAGCUCGUGCAAGUACAGCGGCGGCGUGAUGAAGCCACUCAGCCGCCUCAGUGCCUCCCGCCGUAACCUCAUUGAGUCCGACAGCGGAAGUGACACCAAAGAGGGCGCGGCGAGCGGGAGCCAGGCGACCGCGGCCUCCUCUCAACACAGUCAGUCCCAAUCCCAGAACCCCCCAGAGAUCGUUAUCUCCUCAAAAGAGGAUCCACCUUACGGACACGCUUACGAACUCGAGGCCUCGGCCAAUCAAAUGUCCAUCUACCACCAGAACCACGCCCUCUCUGAGAGCAGGGGUGUGCUGGGUGGCGUGGCAAGGGGUGGGACUAAUGGAAGGAGGGGCGGUGCUGUCGUGGGAGGCCCGGGGAGGACCGCUUCCAAAGCCCCUAAACGUAAGAAUCAGAACAUUGGCUACAAACUAGGCCACAGGAGGGCGCUGUUUGAAAAGAGGAAGAGACUUAGUGACUAUGCGCUCAUAUUCGGCAUGUUUGGCAUUGUUGUCAUGGUGAUAGAGACCGAGCUGUCCUGGGGUGUCUACACUAAGGUGAGGACUUUGUGCACUGGGGACUGGGGUGAAUAG